UUUGAACAUGAAGUCUUAUGGGCACUACAUCAAAAGAAAAGGUAUAACGCUCAUGUACCUCACAUUUACACACUAAGUGGGAUGUGCUUUCACAGGGAGAAAUGACAUGCUGUCGAAGUCGAAUCGACGUCGAAACGACAUCGUUUCGACAUGCAUUUGGGAUGGGGUUUACGUAUAUGUCGUAUGGAGUGGUUCGGAUAUCACAUAUCUCGCUCACAGGAGGGCGAGAUCAGUGACCCGAAAAAUAUCGCAUUCCUGAGAGCAACAUUAAUUUUCUCACUCUUGUUGAGUCUUGUAGAUCAUUCUGAAAGUCCGUCCGUCAUCCACCGUUUUAAAACUGCCAAACUUAGCCUGUGCUGACUCUCAGCGCCUGAUCGGUAGGCAACAUCACGCCUGCAGUGCAGGCGUGUCCUGCGGGCCGGCCUACCCUCACUCUCGCAGGCGCCGAGCUCUCGUAAUAAGCCAAAUGAAUAUGAGAAAACUGACGUACUUUCUGGACGAGGCGAGGUUCAGUCUGCAACAGAGUAUGGCACUCAGGCUUACACUCUCGCGUCCACACUGCUUUCUCUCUCCCAUCCCCAUACCGCCGCUUAAGUGAAUAUGACAAAUAUCGCGGUCUUGCGAUAACGGUCAUUCUGGCCCUCGCAAUCUUAAGUCUUUGGAGCUUUACUCCGUAUCUUGACGUCUUGUAGCGCUAAUCCAUAUAUAAACUGGAAGGGUGGCAGUUGGCUCGUCAGUCGAAGGCUAUCCGGCCACUGGGGAGCAUCUCCACGCACGCAUAUCCAGUUUUCCAGAAUGGGCAAAGCACUCCACACCCUUGCCAUCAUUGUGGCCACUGUGGUAGCGUUCUGCAGAGCUGCCCACUUGCCGGGCAAAGACGAAGACCCAUUUGCACUGCCCGAAAAUUUUUUGAUCGGCGCUGGCGUAUCCGCAAUACAGACGGAGGGUGCUUGGGACGCGGAUGGAAAACUUGAGAGCGCAUGCGACCAUUUGCUGCACACCGGGAAACUUGCUUCACUGGGCUACCCGGAUCCGAACUUACACGACGUGGCGGCUGACUCUUACCAUCGCUAUAAAGACGAUGUGAAAAUGGCUAAAGCGUUAGGGCUCCAGCUCUAUAGGUUCUCUGUAUCAUGGAGCCGCGUGUAUUUUGAAGGCAGGCGGAUUGAGAAAGGCAUUCAAUAUUACCACAAUCUCAUAAAAGAAAUUAAAGACAAUGGCAUGAAGCCUUUGAUAACUAUGUACCACUUUGACCACCCACAGACGUAUGAAGAUGAGUUUAAAGGAUGGCAAAGCGAACAGAUGGCUCUUAAGUUCGAAGAGUACGCUAAGUUUCUGUUCGAGGAAUACGGAAAAGAGGUGGACUUGUGGGUUACAAUGAAUGAGCCCAACAUGUACUGCUCCUACUUUCCCGCCUUCCUGUUUGUGGCGGCCGGGCUAUACAAAGAGGAGGAUUCCAAUAUUUACAGGUGCAUGAGGAACUUCGUCCUGGCACACGCACGCUCGUACCGCGCAUUUAAGGAAGCAGGCAUUGCUGGCCAAAUUGGUUUCAACGCUCUUCUGAUGCACGCCUCGCCAAAUUCAACUCGCCCCGAGGACGUUUACGCGGCCGACCUGUUCAACCAGGUGCACGCCGGACAGGUGCUGGCCCCGGUCGUGCUGGGAGACUACCCGCAGGUGCUAAAGGACCAACUGGGCGACAAAUUAACGGAAUUCACUGCGGAAGAAAAGAAAUUGAUUCAGGGCACUACCGACUUUAUUGGUUUGAACGUUUACUUCAGUAUAGUCGCUGCCUGGAACGACCCCGCUACUUCGGAUCCUUCCAAAAGUUGGCCCAUAGUGGGAAGAUUUGUGGAAGAUUUACCAAUGACCUCUAUCAGCAUGGCUGGUGGUGUCAACAUAAACAGCGCCACCGCGUACACACGAAUUGCACCAGAAGCGAUGAAAGAUGCCGUUCUGUGGGUAUGGAACUCCUACAAAAAACCGAUUGUAAUUACUGAGAGCGGCCUUGGGGACUCUUUGAAUAUGGGGAAGAAAGAUCACCUUCGCGCGUCAUAUCAUAGUCAGGGAGCAGUUGAGCUAGAGAUCUGAAACUUCCAUGGUACCUGAGUAGUGUCACUCCUGGACAACGAAACGCUAGGUUCAAGUCCUGACAAGUGGUUACCACCCGCAAGGGAGAGUGGAGUGGGGCACAUACUGUCAGGGGCACAUACUGUCAACAGCCUCGCAGUAGCAGCCCAAUCACGUUAACAGUCGGCUAAAUUGAGAAAUCGUAAACACUCAACGCCCUCAUUUGAUUGCAAGAUGGGGGUAGCGAAAUUUUCAGUGGUAUGGCGGCAGCGGUCAUCUAAAGAUUUUUGACAGUACAUGCCCCCACAUUGGGACAGGUAAAUUCACUCAUUUUAUGUUCUGUUGUAGUAAGGACGGUUUGAGCGUAAUUUGGAUUUUUAGGGGCGGUAUGCUUCAAUUGGACCAUCCUUUCCAAGAUGCCAUUCUGAAUAUGCCGAAAAUCCAAGUAUCUUAUGAGUUAUAUACCGAUAUAGACAUGGUGACAGUAAGUGCCCCAACCCCGGGGCACAUACUGUCAAUUAUCGCGGUCUCUUCUCGCGAUGAUUUGGGAGAAGACACGAAUAUUUUUGCGGAGGUCACAGUGGCUUCUUGUGACUAAAGGUCGAAUAAAGGCACACUAACCCAGAAAUCCGAAAUUUUUCCUGAAUAACGACUGCUAGAAAAGAUUUUCCAAAAGGUGACACUAUGUGCCCCACCUACCCUUAAGGGGAUGUCAGGGGCUAUCAACGAAAACGGGUAAAGAUCCAGAACCAGGGUGCAGUAUUUUACUGUAUCAGUGCGGACACAGCAGACGUAUGACUCAUUCUUCCAUAACUUCGGGCAGUUUAACUUAUCCGCGCUCUACACCCCUGAAACCAUUUUGCACUGUAGUUUAAUACAAUGCAAUUAUUAUCUUAUUGA